ACUAAUAGAGUCCAUCUGGGACUCCCCGCGGAGCCUCAGCGCACUGUUUGUGAUGAGCGUCUGGAGGACGUGGUGCGUCUGCUGCCUCAGCAGCCUCCGCGCACACUGCUGGAGCGGAACGCCGAGCUGACGGACGCACAGACGCUCUCCACACGGACUGAAGAGAGAAGAGGAGGAGGAAGAAGAAGAAGAAGAAGAAGAAGAAGAAGAAGAAGAAGAAGAUGUCGGUGAAGAAAGGAAGAAGCGUUAAAGCCGAGUUCAGAAAAUGCGCUACGCGUUUAUAUCGUCUCUUUCCUCAUCUUCUGCUGUGUCUGUCUCUGGUCGCGUACGCAGCGCUCGGUGGGCUCAUGUUCGAGUACAUCGAAGGAGGCAGCGCGUCAACUCUUCAGCAAGAGGAGUACCACGACUUCCUGGGACUGAUUGUCAACGCCGUCCGGAAUCACACCAAUAACGCCUCAUGCACACAUAAAGACAUAGUGCGGGAGGUGGAGGAUGUGAUGCAUGGGUUCAAGUCGGUGUGGUUCCAGAGACCUGACAGAUGGGACUUCUUUGGCUCCAUGUUCUUCUGCUGCACUGUGUUCACUACAGUUGGGUAUGGGGAGAUCUAUCCGGUUACCUUGACUGGUAAGGUGGCGUGUGUCGUGUACGCCAUGGUGGGCAUCCCUCUGACGUUUCUGGUCAUCCUCGAUGUGGGAGACUUCUUCGCCCUGCUGAUGUCCAGAGCCUACAUGCACAUUCACGACCUCUGUAAAAACCCCCGCUCCCACACCUGGUCACCAUGGAAGGCUCGGAAGAAGGCGAGGGAUUCGAGCCACCUGGCCCUGGAGGACGGUACCUUUUUUUUCAGCCAUGAUGUUGUGGUCCGUGAACCCCUCGACAUCCGGCAGGUACUGCGCACCCAGGCGGAUGUACGGCACAAGUCCAUCCAGCUCCAAAACAACAAAGAGAUCUUUGAGAAGAUUCUCGCCAGGGAGAAUUUACUCAGAAAGACCCCACUGCUCAGAACCCUCUCCUGCCCAGAGCUAGACCGACUGCCACUGCCACCCAAAGGAUUUGCCAUUUGGGACUUCACAGGGUUAGGGGAUGGAAUGGAAAUGCUGGAUGUACCCUUUGUACUGAUUCUUUCCAUCGUGUUUGCCUACAUUUUUUUGGGCGGUUUGAUUCUGCCGUUGUGGGAAAAAGAAUUCACAGGCUUCGACCCCUUCUACUUCUGCUUUAUCACACUCACUACCAUCGGUUUUGGCGACAUUGUACCCAAACACCCUAAGUACUUCAUGCUUACCUCACUCUUCCUCAUUGGCGGCAUGGCCAUCAUGUCCAUGGCUUUCAAGCUAGGCCAAACACGAAUAGUAAGCUUCUACCGCCAAUGCAUCAAGUUCAUCAGCAGGGGAAAGACUUUCAGAAAUAAAAAGAAUGACGAAUGAAGUCGCCAAGAGAAUCUCUGCCUUAAGUCCCAAGAGUCGUGCAAGCUCACAGUCCUGGUUUUGACACAGGUCCAAAACAGGAGUCUGUGGGAACUUGUUCAGUGUGUUCUUUGUGCUGGCUGUUCAGUUAAAAGCAUGAGCAAAAUAAAAAAAGUGUGCAUGUGCCAAACGCUUUUGCCCAGUGAAGGAGGGUGAUAUUCAAAAUGAUUCAUAUCAAGAAGAAUUUGAAAUUCUGCAUAUCUAGCUGCAGUAUUUUGCCAAAGAAUGAGUAUUACUAUGUGGUACUCUAGCAAUUGUACUGCCUUAAAACACCACAGAGGGUGGACACGACAGUGCUGCAUUUGAUUACAAGUCAGAACUCUGGAUUUCUUACUACCUUCUAGAAAAAUCAAAUAAAACUCCUUUUAAAUUCA